UAGUUAUGUGAUCUGGUUUGAAGGGUCAGCUUUUACUUUAAAAUGAGUUUAGUUUUUAGACGUCUUUCCUAAGUCUUGGAAAAUCUGAUGUGCUCUUGCACCUAUUUGUAGGGCUGCUAUAAAUAAGCCCCUGUUGGCAACACAUGCGUGUCUAUGAUAGGCAGUUACAGAGAUUUUCUUCACAGACUCUGUCUUGAAAGCAACACUGACAACAUCUCAAUGGGGCUUUUACAUGGAUAACGCCAUCUAAUUUGAGCCCUGAACUUUGACAAACUGUGGACGUGAACACGGAGUAGUUUCACGCUGUGGGUAAUACAUUUACCUUUGGAUUGGACAUUUCUUGUGAAUUGCUUCGGGGGACGAUGACUUCCAGACGGCCAAUGACUCGCUCUUACUCUGGCAAUGGGAGGACAAGCAGCUUCAGUGAAGAGGAGGGCAGCUCUUCUAAUGCCCGCACAGAAUGCCGCAAUCCUUACCUUUCCAAUGUUAGGCCUGAAAACAGCUAUUCAAGGUAUUCUCACUACAGGCCAACGAGGAGCACAUUGUGCAGCGUCAUGGCUCAGCUGACCGAGGAUGUCCAGCCAUCCUUUGAGACCACCUUGAAAUCAAAGGCAGUGUCAGAAAACUGUAAUGUGAAGUUCAACUGUGUGGUGUCAGGCUACCCAGUUCCAGAACUGAAAUGGUAUAAAGAUGAUAUGGAAAUGGACCGGUAUUGUGGACUUCCAAAAUAUGAAAUUCAUCGUAAUGGAAAAAUCCACACCCUCCAUAUAUACAACUGCACAUUGGAUGAUGCAGCCAUCUAUCAGGUCUCAGCCAGCAAUAGCAAAGGGAUUGUCUCCUGUUCGGGAGUUUUGGAGGUUGGCACCAUGAACGAGUUCAAGAUCCACCAGAGGUUCUUUGCCAAGCUCAAGCAGAAAGCAGAAAAGAAGAAGAAAGAUCAGGAGGAGCAGACCAAGAAGGGGGAUAAAGAAAACGUUCAGAAAGAGAAACCGCAGUGUAGCCCAGAACGUCCUCAAAGGAAGCGGCACAUCCCACCACCAGAAGAGAGGCCAGUGGUCAAGGAGCCUUUGGAAGAUCUGGGAGCUGCUGCAGUGCCUAAUGGUAUUAGCAGUGAAAUCAAGGAAACUGUGACAUCCAAAGACCUGGAGAAGGAGCUAUCUCCAGAUGAGGAAACCAUGGCCAAAAAGAAAAUAAAGAUCUUAAAUGGUGUGGAUUCUGGGGUCAGCAGCGGUGACAGCAGCAGUGGUAGAAGCCAUAUGAUGGGAAAUGGAGGGGAAAACUGUUAUGAUGGAGGAAUUGGUUUGGCACAAUUCCUGGCAGAGACUCUCCAGUCCCAGGCUGUUGAGGAGAAGCAGAACGCAUCUCGAGGGGAGAAACCUAAAGAGAUGGACAUACCUAAUGUAAGUGCCAGUAGAGAGAAAGAGAGAGAGCAAGAGGGGUGGCGAGACGUGAAGGAAGAACAAGAAAAAGCAUUUGAAGGAGAGAAUGAGAGAGAGAAAAGGAGAGAAGAAGAAUUGACCAUGAAGAGGGAGAAAGAAAUGGAAAGGCCUAUGGAGAUGUCUCAUACAGUACCCUACACAAAACAUGGUCCAGGUGUCAAACAUCACAGCAAGGAUCACAAGGAUCACGAACACCACAACAUCCAGGCUUCCAUCUCCUCUGUGCUCCACACAGUCAAAGACUUCUUGUUUGGUAAGAGCAGGAAGGACUCUCGUGAUCACAUUGAGAACAAGGAGAAAGAGUUUGACCACUUGCCUGCCUCAACGCCGCCAUCAUUUCAGCUGCAACCAGAGCAUAAUCAAGUGUGUAAGCCUCUAACGGAGGACGUUGUGCCUAUGGAAAUAGAUAAACUGAAGGAGCCUUCAGAAACUAUUGAUACAGAAAAACAGUCAGUGUCACUGAAGCCACAUGAACAUAAGAAUGAAGACGGACACACAGACCUGCCACCAGCUCAUAAAUUGCCACCUGAGAGCAUAGAGGAGUCCACAGGGCAGAGUGCCAAGGCAGCCAAUGCUGUGGAGAAAAUAGAGGUGUCUGUGGGUCCAGAGAGCAGCAGUCCAGGUGAAGAAAUGCCAUUGUCUGGGCUUCAAGUACUCAAUGAGGCUGAAGAGGAAGACUCUCAGAUAGCAUCAGUUAUUAAAAAGGUUCCCACACAACAGCAAGAUUGCCUCAUAGUUUCACCACAGUCUAAUCACCAGGCUGCAAGAGAUGAAUCUUUACUCAGGGAAGAAAUAUCUGUCCUGCUACAAACCCAUGGCCCUUACGAAGAGGAAUGCUCCCCCACAUCCACCCUCACUUGUUUGGAAGAACGCUGGACUUCCCCUCCCAAUCUUAUCUUAGUGUCAAACAGCCACAGCCUUGGAGAAGCACCCACUGAAACUUUACAAGAAGAGAAGAUGAGUGUUGAUAACAAGGGCAAAGAGGAUGGCCAUUCUUUCAAUAAGAUAUGUGAGACAGCUGAAGUGAAAUCAAAGAAACAGCCAUGCUCAGAUAUAAACAGAUCUGAGACUACGGAAUUAACAACAUGUUCACUGGUAGAAAGAAUAGAGCCAUGCCAAUCUAAAACACCAGAUCAGGCACGUUUGAGUCUGCCUGCUGUGGCAACAUACAGUGUAGAGAGAGAUCAAGUAAACGAACAGACUGAAUGUACUUCACCCAUUCAGGAAAUGAAUGUAGGGUUUCCGCCCACUGCAGUGGUAGAACGUUUAGAGAAGGGUGACCUAAAAAUACAGCAAGAAUGCACUCCUUCCACAGCAGAGGAAAGCCCUGAAGUCCACAAUGUUAGUUCAAACACAGGUUUUAGAAAUGGUAAAGAGGAAAGCCAAUUGAAAGAGGUACUGAUUUCUGCUUUAGAUUUAGAAGUUAACUCUUUUAACAAUCUAAAAACACAAGUCAUUUUAGAAGGUGAGAGCACUGAAGCAAGAUAUGAGAGUUUACAGUUUGAGGUGGAGACAGAAAAGAGAAAUCCAGUAAAAGUUGAGGAGUUAGAUGAAUCUAAGAGCCUCUCAGUAACACAAAACAAGAAAGGUAAUGCCUAUGUUUUAGAGGAAAACAGUAGUGUUACACAUCAAGACAACAGUGAGAGACAGCAGGGUUGGCCCUCAGCAAAUAUCCCACAAAUCCAAAUAUCUACAAUUGAAGACACCCAAGAUAUUAAACCAACUGUUGCAAGCAUAAACCCACAUGAACAUUUUAUAAUCCCAAAAAUUGAAAUAUUGGAGCCUGAGUUCAAAGAGUGUACUCUCCCUCUAACUAUGUUGGCACUUAACAAGCAAGAAUCAGGGCCUGCUACUUUGCAACAAUAUGAUGCAACUCAUGUGCCUGAGGCAAUAAUCCAAGAUCAGAAUCUGGCUGAUUUUCCAGGCGUGCAGAACGAUAAAAACCUCUUACCUACUAAGAAAGAAAAGGAAGUUACGCAAUUAGAUGAUGAGACAAAAAUGAUCAAACGGCAGCCACCACACAUGAAAAACAGUGAACAGCUCCCUCACAUGGACUAUGCAUCAAUUCCUGUUAUAAAUGUUUCAUGCACUGAUGACAAGGAGGACGACGUAUCCGUAAACGCCGAUAUUUCAGAUACACAGCGGCCUUUUGAAACUCCAUCGGUGCCUUUGUUUGUGGUGCCACCGAUCUCUGUAACUUGUCAUGAAAACGAUUCUGUACUCAGUCUGCCCACUCAAAUUGAGUUGUCAGAAACAGAAACUUCAGCUGCCACACAGAGAGGAACAAAGCAUGAUGCUGACAACACUAUGCCUGGAGAAACUCAAAGUAGAAAACAGAACUUAGAAGAAAUGUCAGAAAAGAGUAUAAAAGAAAAAAGUCCUGCUUUGCUAUUUGAAGCUCUUAUAACAACGGUUGGUGACAAUGUGCCAUCAUUAAGUAAAACAACAGAUGACAACAUUGUCCCUGAAGUCUUGAAGACAAAAUCCCUUAAAGAGGCCAAGAUAGAGAAUUCUGUGUCUGCUGAGGACCUCCAAAGAAACAAAUCAUCUGUUGAGAGACUCUGCGCUAAACCCCCGGCUCAUCCAUCGCUGAGUCCAGCCAGUCUCCGCAAAUUCAUGUCCAAAGCUGCUGCAGACUCAGACGUAAUUGCUGGGGGUGACCGUCAGAAUGACAAAGCAGAUGAAGAUCUGAGUGGAAACUCAACACCAACAUCAUCCCUCUCCUGUGAGAGCAGUCCCCGACUGAAGCGCAGAGACAGUCUGUCACUGAUACGCUCUGCCACACCUGAGGAGUUGGCCUCCGGAGCUCGUCGCAAAAUCUUCAUCCCAAAAACUAAAGAAGAUGGAGAGGGAGCAGUGGUUGAUGCGCUAGAUACCCAAGGCAAGAAGGAAACCCCCUACAUGUCACCCAGCCAGGCUCGCAGAGCAGCAUUACUGCAAGCCCCCACAGGACAAAAUACUCCACCAAUGGAGAGGCGCUCUCCUCUGCUGAGCCGCAGAAAGGCCACCUUGGAGGUUCCAAAAGUCGCAGAGGAGACUCCCACAGAAGAGCCAAUCAGCACCAAACAAGAGGAGAAACCAGCUGAAAAGAAGCUAAACCCUUUGAAAGCUCCACAGGUCAUCCGUAAGAUCAGGGGAGAGCCGUUCCCAGAUGCCUCCGGACACCUGAAGCUGUGGUGCCAGUUCUUCAACGUGCUCAGUGACGCCACCAUUAAGUGGUACAGAGAUGAGGAGGAAAUACUAGAGGUGAAGAGAAGUGGAGGAGAUGAAAGCCAAGUAGCACUGGCUGUGGUUCUAGCAUCCAGCCAUGACUGUGGAGUAUAUGGCUGUUCGAUCAAUAAUGAAUAUGGGACUGACACCACUGACUUCCUGCUCAGCGUUGAUGUUCUGUCUGAGAUGCUACUAAAAGAUGAUUUGGAAGUUGGAGAGGAGAUCGAGAUGACCCCACUGCUGUUCAGCAAAGGCCUGGCCGACUGUGGCAGCUGGGGUGAAAAGUACUUUGGCCGCAUCAUGACAGAGACAGUGCACCUCGGGGAGGGCUGUGCUCACAAAGCUAGCAGAGUGAAGGUCAUUUACGGCCUGGAUCCCGUCUUUGAGUCUGGAAGCGCCUGCAUCAUCAAAGUUCAAAGCCCCAUUGCCUACGGGACCACGCAGGAGAGCAACCUCACAGAGAGAAAUCUACAGAUAACUAAGCAAGAAUGCAAAGUCCAAAACACUAUUCGAGAGUACUGUAAAAUCUUUUCGGCUGAAGCAAGAAUUAUUGAGAACUUUGGCUUUUCAAUAGAAGUGAUACCUCAGUAUCUGAUGUACCGGCCUGCUAAAUCUGUGCCAUAUGCUACAGUAGAGGCUGAUCUUAAGGGUGUCUUCUUCAAGUACUGUAUGAUGGAUCCUAAAGGCAGGCUGAUUACACGAACCAUGUCAGAGGUGGAGCAGAAAUGCAGCACUUUCCAGCAUUGGAUCCAUCAGUGGACACACGGCAAUUUGCUGGUGACUCGGCUGGAGGGUGUUGAAACAAAGAUUACAAAUGUUAGAGUUGUGACCAAGUCAAAAGGAUACCAAGGACUAACAGAACACGGCUCUCCUCAAGUGUUUGAACAGUUUCUGACACACCAUCAGUGCAACUACUACUGUGGACUUCUUGGCCUGCGCUCACUCAAGACUAUGGAUAGUCUGCAGCAACCCACCAAGAUGAAGGGCUCCAAGAGCCCCCUGCUCAACCGCAAAUUGGGCUCUAACAGCCCACAACUGCAGCGAAAAGGACACAGCCCUCAGAUGUCUAGAAAGGCUUAUUCUAGCCCAAAGGUGACUAGAAAAGUUCAGGAGACAGAGGAUGAUAAAUCAGGUGCCAAACCCAAUCCUGCAGAAAUUGUUGAUGUUCUUGAAAUGAGGUAGGUAGAAGCACCUCAACCGUGUCAAGCGCAAUUUUAUUGCUUUUAAUGGUUUAGUAUUACCUGUUUCUUUCCAGUUACAUAAACUAGCAAGGACUUGAAGAGUGACAUUAUAAGAAAAGGAAUAGUUGGUUGACCUGACAUGUCAUAAAGAAUUACUGUGAACUUCUCAGUCGCCAUUACAGUUACAGUAGAAGACAUCCUCCAGCUGCUGUAGUUGAAAAGCAUACAUUAAAUGCCUAACAGCAAAGCAAGUUUUUAAACUCAAACAGUGUGAAAGUAAAACUGGUUCACACAGAGUUAUUAAACAGUUUAAAACACUUGCCUCAGAGUCUUACUGUAUCAGUUCUAUGAGUGGACGAACAACUCUAAGAGCAGUUGUGCUCGAAACGUAACAGACAGGUGCAAUAAAUAAGUGGAUAUUGGAGCCCUGCAGUGUGCAAGCUUUUUAUUUCUGUACUACCAGACAAAGAACUUUCUAAGCAAUACCUGUCAACUCAAAAUCAUCCUCAUUGAAAGAUCAACUGCACUUCACACUGUUAAAUAAGUAUGACAUUUUAAUGAAGAGAUGUUAACAUUUUCAUGGUUUGAUUUAAAGAAUUAUGGAGAAUAAAACCACAGCCACAGAGGGGGUUGUGGAAAUGUGUCCAUGUUAAACACUGCAUGUUCAUCUGUGAUGUACAGAAUGUGUGUAGGACAUCCUUGUAGAGACGUUCUGUAUAGCUUGCUUUCAAACUGCCAAUGUAGCAUUACAGUAAUUACAGAACCAUUUUUAGGUCAAAGAUGUUUGCAUGUUUUUGGUUACUAGUUUUUGAUUACUUUGUAUCUGUUGUGUCUGUAAUCAGUCCUCUCCUAGUAUUUUAGAAUUAGGCUGGUGACGGCAAAGCAAUGAGCAGUAAGGGGCUUACCAUUAAAGUCUUUACCCAUAGAAGGCUCACGCUCAUUGACAUGGAAACACACGAGCGAUGAGGAAAGCUGAUGAAUGAGUACCACUCAGUAAUUUGGAGCUGACCUAUGCACUCUGGGUCAUCUAAAACCACACUAAACAAAAUAACUAAAAGAGCAGACUCAAGACUUUCAGAAGCCUAUUGAUCACUAAGAAAGGCUUGAGUAAGGCUCCCUGAAUGACAUCUUUAAAGUUUUGAGUUUUUCUUGUGUACAGUUGGCCAGCAGGAUAAGAAUCAGAAUGAAAAGUAUUCAGUUAUGUCAUUAGUUUGCACACGUGUUCAUGAUUAAAUUCCACCAUUUGUCAUUUGUUUUUUACAAAUAUUAAAGAACUGGCAAGACGUCUUUAGAAAUACCUUUAGGAGAUUAUUGGUUCAUGAUCAAGAAGAGUCUUCAAAGUCCUCUGCUCUUAAACUUUAGUGUCGUUACUUUAUAUCACUGUAAUUGCAUGAUUGUUU